CAGUGAGCACAUAUCGAUUCUAGUGCGAGAAAGUUAACCAUCGACUUCGUACGAGCGGUUUGUUACAUCUUUUCCGUUUUAAAUAAUCUGUAACAAAUAACAGAAAACAUGGAAUCCGCUAUUGUCCAUCUCGAACAAAGUAUCUCUGUGCUUCGUCUAUUAAGGUCUGUUCAUCAAGUUACAAAAGAUUAUCAGAACCUUCGGCAAGAAAUAUUAGAGGUUCAACAGUUACAAAAGCAACUUUCAGAUUCUCUUAAAGCACAAUUGUCUCAGGUGCAUGGACAUUUUAAUUUAUUGCGCAAUAAGAUAGUAGGACAAAGUAAAAAUCCACAAUUAAAAUAAGAUUAGAAUGUUAUUUUUUAAAAUUAGUUAUUUUUUUAAAUUAUUUUCUAAGUUUUUAAGUAUUUAAUUUAAUUUAUCAAUUUUUUAAAGUCAUCAGCAGAAUGUAGUUUAAAAAGUGUUAAUGUCAUUUUAAAAAAUAAUAUCUAACAUUCUUGUAAAAUAAAUAUUCAGAAGGAAAUUAAUAGAUAAAAGAUAAAUUUUGUCUUUAUUUCAUUAAUUGAUGAAGUUAUCCUCAUUUUAAAUCUCAAAUAUUUUCCAUGUUUUUAAUUUGUAAUAUUUAUUACAAGGCAAUUGUAAUAAAUAUAAUCAUUUAAUUUAUUUAAUGAUGCAACACUACAGAAAUUUAUAUGUUUGAUAAUCAUAUAUAGUUUUUAUAAUACAAUAAAAUAAUUUAAUUAUAAUUUUUGCACAUAAAAUUUUUGUAAUAUAAAUUAUAAAAUAUUUUCACUAAUAUCACUACAUCUUUCAAUGAAAAUUUGUGUCUGAUCAUAAAUAUUUGAGAAAGAGAAGAUUGUAAAGUAUAUUGAGAUCAUACAUCACUGAUAUUUUGAAUGUUUUGAUAUAUUUAUAAUAUAGUUUAUAUGUAUUAGUUAUAUGAAUAUACCUAUGAUUGAUUUAUAAUAAUAAUAAUAAUAAUUUAUUCUUAUUGAUCUUAUUGCUUAGUUCAUAAAUAGCAUGGGAUCAACAGGUAUUAUCGACAAAUAAUUUAUUUAACUUCCUCUGUAAGUACGUUAUUGGGGGCCAAUCUAUAUGCUUGUAUAUCCAUGGAAAACAAUGGAACAAGUAAGAUUUAAAAAUAUUAUUUUCAUUCUUAUGUAGAUGUAAAAUUUAUCAAUUUUUAAUUAAAGCUAUUGUAUAAUUGAAAAGUUUUUAAAUAACAAAAAUUAAAAUUUAAUAUUUUUUAACUUAUUUUCUGUAUAGAUUUCAUGA